AUGGACAUCGACGACAUCCUCGCGUCGGUCCACCGCGACAACUUCACCUCCCCCGAAUCCACCGCGCUCGAUCACCAACAACUCACGCGUCUCUGGAUCGCCGAACGCGCCGUCUCCGAAUUACUACCCUGGCCCGAAGCCCUGAUGGAGCGCAUGAUGGAACGCGUGCGCACUCAGGUGGAAACAAUUGAGGACUUGACGGCGUCGUCGUAUGAUGCUGCUUCUUCUUCUGGCACCGGUCAAAACCAAAACCACAAUCAGACGGUGAAUUUGAAAUUGUCGAUUUUGCAAACCGAUCUCUCGCGCACGCAGUUCUUGAUUCGCUCGUUUUUGAGGCAGCGGAUUGCGAAAUUGACAAAAUAUGCUAUGCAUUAUUUGCUUCUGAUUUCGCCGCCGGGGUCGUCUGCGUCGCAACAGGCUAGCAGCAGUAGCAACAACAAUAAUAGCACUCGAACAGAAGAUACAAUACCAAACCCGACCACAUCAGCGACUACAUCCACAUCUCCGCUCUCCCCCGAAGAAGCCAAAUUCCUCUACUCGCACCAACACCUGUUAGCAACCCACUACAGCGACAGUUUUCUUGCGUCUUUCCCGCCACAACUACGCCGAUUAGACGAUAAUGCGGGGGGAACAAGUAUGGUACAGGGCCCGGAUUCCAAGGAAGUUUGUUUUGUGCGUGUGCUUGUUGAUGAAGUGACUGUCGUGGUUCCCGCGGAUGAUACGCUGAAUGAGGAUACCUUUGGGACGACGAUGAGGAUCGGGGAGGUUUGGGUGGCGAGGUGGGAAGGUGUGAGAAGGGCGUGGGAGAGGGGGGAGGUUGAGGUUUUGUAA